AUGUGGAAAAUUAUGCGGAUGUCUGCGAUGAAAAUUGACUGGCCUGCUAUCGCCAAAGACGCCGGCACGUCUGUUGGAGCCGUCCAGAAACGACGGUACCGUCUUCGCAUCAAAAUCCAGCACGAGGACCUUCUGUUCAUGUGGAAAAUCACGCAGAUGUCUGUGAUGGAACUCGAUUAUGUCUCUGACUUGACCAUUGACUGGCCUGCCAUGGCCAAAGAUGCGGGCACCUCGGUUGGAACUGUCCAGAAACGAUUCUCCCGUCUUCGCGUCAAAAUCCAACAGUGUCUUUCGGCUGUUGCUUCCAGCGAAUCCUCCGGCAAGGGCACCAACAGCUCUGAGAUCAACGAGGAACGUCGACGGCUCUGA